AUGGUGGAAAGCGUGACGAACAAUCCAUCAGCCACUGGAACGUUCCAUGAUUGGACGUUGUUGUUAUACGGCACAGCUGAUCCAGCACAACCAGGAGAUCGAAUCCAUCCUCCCACACCUGUCCCAUCACAAUCG